AAAAUGACAGAUGACAGAAAGAUGACACAUACUUUGAGGUUGUGUUUGUUCGAAUCGUUUAGAUAAUGUAAAAAGUGGCAAAAACGGGAACGUUAAAAUAUCCCGGUUCGCCAUACAAUGUAAAUUCUGCUGCACGAGUCCCACAAAUCAAAAAUAUUUUUGCAAACACCGAGUCCCCCUUCAAGAUUUCAUAAUGAAAAUGGAUUUUCUUGCGCCGAAUAACGAAAACCUGCUGGCGAAUUUCCCCCCGGUCUUGCGAGGCAACUUCAGGGAGCUGUUUUGCCGUGGAAAAAUAGGGCUUUCGUCGCUUUCCUUGAACGACAUCACCCCGACGAAACAGUUCACCGAUGAAGACUCUAGUUACAGUUAUUACUACACGGUGAGGAUACCCUACGCCGGGAAACGCUUAUCCUGGGAGUUGAUUUUCGACCCGAAUGAUCUUACUUUCGCGCCGGAUUUCAAUUUCAACGACGAAACUUUCCGUCUGAGUACCGAAAUCGAAGCCGUGGUGAAAAACGUGCCCACUUUGAUCAGUUGGAAUGUGACCAACUCCGGGUGUUUGACGUCGCUUCUAAACGAAUUUGUCAAUCUUUUCAAAAUACAACAAUUGGAGAAGCUUCAGAAGGAGAAUAUUUACGCACAACUGCACUCAGAGUAUCAGAUUCUCACCGAAGAAGUGCCAGAACACGACAUCGAAGUAUAUCUAGACAACACAAGUGCACACUUUUUAAUUAACAUCAAAGUGGACGUUUCGGCGCUUCCAGAGUAUUUACAACCAAUGAAAAACGGCGAAGUAGAGGAGUUGCUCAACCCCGGAGAUGACACCUGUAUUUUAAAAAUUUCCUUUAUGAAACUAGACGGUUCUCGAGUGAACGUCUCCCUCCAGUUGUCUCCGCGUCUAGACCAAGUCCUCAACUCCGCCAAAAACCUCCACGUCCCGGCGUACCCCAAAACCGCGUCGCUGGCCGACUACGUCAAUUUAGUCGCGAAGAUGUUGCAAGACCACGCUCUGAAAAUCGAGCAACACCACAAGCUCAAAAAGGAGUACAUCUUGAGCUUGUGCACCAUGUACGGCGAACACCUCGUCGAGUUCGAUACGGAUACGUUCAGCAAGGCCGAGUUGUUGUUCCAAGUGGAUGGGUAUUCCUGUCUCGUGCGCGUGGAAAUUGGGGCGCUGUUUCCAGACGAACCACCGACCGUGCACCUCCUGUCGCUGUACUGUGUGUCUAACAAAGUGUGUUCAGAACAAGUUGUGAAUUAUUUGUAUAGCCCGAGGUGGUCGCCGGAAAAUAUGUGUAGUAAGUUGAUUUUGAGCCUUAAAGAGACAAUACCAAAGUUUAAGAACCACAAGCACUAAUUUCGUUUGAAUUUAUUUUUUAGUUGUGUAAAUUUAGGAUGAGGAUUAUGUUUACCAGGUUGCCAAAAUGUGCGUUUUUGUUUAAUGAGUGAUGAUUUUCACGUGUUACGAUAAGAAUAAUAAAAAUUUUUGCAGGA